UUAGCUGUCAUGAAUGUAAUUCACGUCAUUUGUAUUGUAUAUUGAUGCACUUGUAUAUUUGUUUGUUCUCUGAAGUAUUUGUUUGUUUGGUUUGUGGGGUGGGAACUAUAAUUGUGCGGUCGGUUUCGGGGGGGACAUGUUUUGGUGUUACAAAGCUGUGAGGUCAGUUACGAUGGAACCACAGCAACGGGAUUGUCAUUUUCAUGUAGCUCCCAUAAGUGGUGAUGGUUCCUAGAGUUUGCUCGUUCCCUCUUGGACGUGUGCAGCCAGUGAGUUCGACGGUGGAUACCAACGUUUUCAAAUGGUGGAAUAAAUCCGGCAGUACGAAUCAUGGUCUCGUGUGUUUCCUGGAGGGAGUGAUAGUCGAACUCAGACCUGCGUGAACCGUUCCCGACCUGCUCGUCAAGACGGAUCACAGAUAAACAACUUUUACGUUAAAGGACACACAAGUUCACCUAUUUUCAGACGUCCAUAAGUCAGGCACGGAAGUGUGUUCUGAAAGGACAAAAGGACUGAAAAAUAGAAGGGAAAGAAGUACCACAAGGAGCUGUGUGAAGCCAAUUAACAUAACGGUGUUUAUCAGGUAUGAAGGAGCAUGUACGUAAGUGAGUGUUACAGCUGAACUUUGUCUUUUGUUUGUGAUUUGAGAAAAGUAUUAAUUUCUUAAAGAAGUUGUGUGCAUUGAAGAAAGGUAUCAUUUUGACAGGAGUAAUAUAUGAUAUCUGCAAGUCUUUAUAAUGCCUAGUUCAAAGGGUUAAGUUAAAGGAAAGUAACCUAUUAUUUUGGGGUAUUUGGUAAAUGCUUGUUGUGAAAUGUAUUGGUUAUUUGUGAAACUUGAUAGUGUACAGCCUGCUUACAAAUAAUUUAAAAUGUCACAAAUAAGCAAAGAUAGUCAUUAUGAAGGCGCACUCAUAGAACAAGAGACAAGGAAGAUCGAUGAGUCCUGCGUCCUACAAAAAGAAGUUCAGCCAGAAGAGCUGCGAAAAGGUGAAAGAGCCCGCACAUUAACAGAAAAAGGAAGAGAAUUUCAAAGAGAAAAAACAAAAGGGCUACUACUUCGCUUUGACAGCAUAUAUGAACGUUGGAAGGCUUUAACUAAGCUGGCAAAGAAAUCUGUAACAAGACAGGAUCCCAGUAACAUCCUACAAGAAAACAUCAACACUAUUCAAAGAGAAUUAUCUGAGCUGAAUAAUGUUUAUGACGAAUACAGAAGGAUGGACAGCCCAGCUCACGAAAUGCGCCGCAAGCUGGACAAUUGCACAUCAGUCACAAAAGUCGUCGUACAAAACGCACAGUCGCAAAUCCAGGGCAUAGAAGAAGAACUGAUUUGGCCAGAUGCAAGCUCUGUAUUUGCCUCUACAACGUCGAGCGUUUCAUCUCCAAACUCCAAGUGUUCGAGGGCCAUUUCCAAUCGCUCUAAUGCAUCCUCGAUUAAAAGACAAGAAGCUGCUGCAGAGUAUGCAGCCACCCAAGCUGUGUUAAAGAUUAUGGCUGAACAAGAUUGCCAGCAAGAGAAACUGCAAAGACUUGAAGUUGAAGAUAGACUGAUAGUUGCAGACCAAGAAGCAGCUGCACGUACUCGCCGUCUUCAGCAAGAAAGAGAAGAGACUGAGCGUAAGAUAGAAAAGGAGAAGCAAGAAGCUACUCUCUUAAAGAAACAGCAAGAAGAAAAUGCUGAAAGGAAAAAAUCUGUAGAGGACCUGAAAAGAGAGCUUGAGCGUUUGGAAGAGCUAAAGAGACUGAAUGCAGCCAGAGCAAGGCUUCAAAUCUACGAUGAAGAUACGUUCCAACCAGAGCAAGAGCUAACAUCAUGUAGGUUUGAGUUGCCUAUGCCUGAGCAAGCAAUUAAUCAGGAGAACCCUGUGAAUCCACAACGUCAACCUCUAGGAGAGGUAGCUCCGAGCAGUAUACUUCAAAACGAAACAGGAGAGCUGGUGAAGGUUCUAGCUGAAGCAAUAUCAGCAAAUAGACUACCCAUUCCAGAGCCUACCAUCUUUAGUGGAGAUCCACUCAAGUUUAACCAUUGGAAGUCUUCUUUCCAGACACUAGUGGAGAGAAAAAAUAUUCCAACCACAGAAAAAAUCUUCUUCCUCCAGAAAUAUGUGGGAGGAGCAGCAAGGGAAGCUCUGGAAGGUUACUUUCUGAUUGAUUCAGAACAUUCAUAUUGCGCAGCAUGGAACCUACUCAACGAACGAUACGGAGAUCCGUUCGUAAUUGCCAAAGCCUUCAGAGACAAGUUACAUGCAUGGCCAAAACUAGCCUCUAGAGAGAGUGCCGAGUUGAGAAGAUUUGUGGACUUCUUACGUAGCUGUGAAGCUGCUAUUGUUCACAUUGAAAGCCUAAAGGUUCUUAACGAUGACAUUGAAAAUCAAAGACUCACUGCCAAACUACCUGACUGGUUGAGUACUAGAUGGAACCGAAGAGCCACACAAUAUCAAAUGGAACACAGAAGAUUUCCUAGCUUUAAUUAUUUUGUUACAUUCCUGACAAUGGAAGCUAAUAUUGCAUGCAACCCAAUAACCUCUUACCAUGCAUUACAACAAAGCCAACCUGAUAAAGCGAAGAUCAAGAGCCAAACCAUAGUGGCCACUAAAGCCCAAAGUGCAAAGAUCUUCACAACCAAUGCAAGUGAAAGAACCAUACCCACAUGUGUGUUUUGCAAGAAGUUAGGACACAGUCUACACAAGUGUCACAGAUUUGUCGAAACACCAGUUGCUGAUCGAGUGAAGUUCAUUCAAAGCGAGAGACUAUGCUUCGGAUGUUUGUGCCCCGGUCAUCAAUCCAAGAGUUGCAGUAGCCGGCUGGCCUGUGACACCUGCUCAAAACGUCAUCCUACAUGCUUACACGAAGAUCGCUCAAAGCAAGAACAAAGGAGAGAAUCUUCUAAAGAAAUGAGCUGUAGCAAUGAAAGAAAGCCACAAUCAACACAACGACAAGACAACAUCAAGGAAAGCACAUCUAACAGAGUUGUGCAAGAUGUCAACAUUCAGAGUCGCAGUCAAGGAGCACCCAUUGACAAGAAGAGGAGUGCUAUCUACGCAAACUUCAGUGAAGUCAAACAAUACCAGCUUCACCACUUCUCCGACGCCAGCGUCACAGGCUAG